AUGGCAGCUUUUGGAGGGACAACACAUAAAUGUGAAGCUUGUGAAAAGACUGUAUAUUUGGUGGAUCAACUCACAGCUGAUGGCAAAGUCUAUCACAGGGCCUGUUUUAGAUGCCACCAUUGCAAAGGGACCCUAAAGCUUAGUAACUACUGUUCCUAUGAAGGGGUGUUAUACUGCAAACCUCACUUCAAUCAGCUGUUCAAGAUGACCGGCAGCUUAGAUAAGAGCUUUGAAGGGGCUCCGAAAGCUGCUAGAGUCGAGAGGCCACUCGAUCAGGGGACUGUGAACAACAGAGUUUUGAGUUUAUUUGCAGGAACUCAGGAUAAAUGCAUUUCUUGCAGCAAAAAAGUUUACCCUCUUGAAAAGGUCACAGUUGAUGGAUCUUCAUAUCACAAGACAUGCUUCAAGUGCGUCCAUGGAGGGUGCGUGAUAAGCCCCUCGAACUAUGUUGCGCACGAUCACCGCCUUUACUGCAGGCAUCACCACACGCAACUCUUUAAGCGAAACGGCAAUUUCAGCCAACUAGGCAAGCUCGAGCAAGCGAAGCGGAUAAAUGCAAAGGCUUAG